ACGAGUAAAUGAUGAUGGUAUGGAUGGAAUCAAAAACAUGGAUAGAGGGCAGAAAAGCAUUACCUUUUUACCCACCUAUACGCACUCAUCGCUGCACUGGUAUAUGUGUGUUUUAAAUGGCUGCAAGUAUGGCGACUGUGCAGAUCUUUCGACAAUCCGGUGCAAAGCUCCUUCGUGCAGCUCGAAAUGUAGCUGCCACGACUCCAUCGACUCGCAACAAGUUUUAUUAUGUUAACAAUGAUGAACUUUCGAUGGAAUGGAAGGAUGUUACAGAUCGUGCCGCCACGACUAUGUUUGCAUUAGAAAUAAUGCGAGGCAUGGGGAUCACGUUUUCAUACAUGCUGAGAGAACCAGCUACUAUAAAUUAUCCUUUUGAAAAGGGACCUUUGAGCCCUAGGUUCAGAGGCGAGCAUGCUUUGAGGAGAUACCCUUCUGGUGAGGAAAGAUGUAUCGCCUGUAAGUUAUGCGAAGCCAUUUGUCCUGCUCAAGCAAUCACCAUCGAAGCUGAAGAAAGACCAGAUGGUUCCAGACGUACGACACGUUAUGAUAUUGACAUGACCAAGUGCAUCUAUUGUGGGUUCUGCCAGGAAGCUUGUCCUGUCGAUGCUAUUGUAGAGGGUCCCAAUUUCGAAUUCUCUACGGAAACCCACGAAGAGAUGUUGUACAACAAAGAAAAAUUACUCAACAAUGGCGACAAAUGGGAAUCUGAGAUUGCUGCAAACAUUGCUGCAGACCACCUGUAUCGUUGAUUCAAUUCUACGAUGCCUAGUCAUCUUGUAAAUUAUAAAUAAACGUAAAAAAAUUAUAUGAGGCUGGAUCAUACAUAAAUGUUAGUUGUUUGUUUCAAUCGCAAUAUGUUUAGCAUUAGUCACUCGUAUGCUUACUGAGUGAAAGAAGUGUUCCGACCUCAACCAUGGUGUAGUCCCAGCAAAGAUUAAAAUUAUUAUAUAAGAA